GUCAGAUGACCUUUUCUCUCCCCUGGCUCUCGGUUCUCCUGUCCCGACAGCAUGGCCUCUCUGCUGACUCUUCUUUGCCUGCUGUGGCUGUGCCCAGGCCUGGCCGCUGUCUCCUGUCCUCAGAAUGUCAAUAUCUCUGGUGGUACUUUCACCCUCAGCCAUGGCUGGGCCCCUGGGAGCCUCCUCACCUACUCCUGUCCGCUGGGCAGCUACCCAGUCCCAGCCUGGAGAAGAUGCCAGAGCAACGGGCAGUGGCAGACCCCAAGAUCGGGCACGCCGCCCUUCACCCAGCGAUCCUCUCGGUUUGUUAGAGCAGUCUGCAAACCGGUUCGCUGUCCAGCGCCGACUUCCUUUGAGAAUGGCAUAUACACCCCUCGGCUGGGGUCCCACCCUGUGGGUGGCAACCUGAGCUUCCAGUGUGAGGAUGGCUUCACAUUGCGGGGCUCACCUGUGCGGUACUGUCGCCCCAAUGGCAUGUGGGAUGGAGAGACAGCUGUAUGUGAUGAUGGGGCUGGCCACUGCCCCAACCCGGGCAUCUCAGUGGGCACAGUGCGGACAGGCUCACGCUUUGACCUUGGGGACAAGGUCAGAUACCGCUGUUCCUCCUUAAAUCUGGUGCUGACUGGCUCUGCGGAGCGGGAGUGUCAGAGCGACGGGGUGUGGAGCGGGACAGAACCGAUCUGCCGGCAGCUGUACUCUUAUGACUUCCCCGAGGAUGUGGUCUCUGCCCUAGGCACCUCCUUCACCAGCCUGCUUGGAGCCACCAAUCCCAUCCAAAAGAGGACAGAAAAUCUGGGCCGUAGAAUCCAAAUCCAGCGCUCAGGACACCUGAACCUUUAUUUACUGCUUGAUGCUUCUCAGAGUGUGUCCAAAGAAGACUUUGAGAUCUUCAAGGAGAGUGCCUCCCUCAUGGUGGACAGGAUCUUCAGCUUUGAGAUCAAGGUCAGCGUUGCUAUCAUCACCUUUGCUUCCGAGCCCAAGACCAUCAUGUCCAUCCUGAAUGAGAAAUCCCAGGAUGGGGUAGAGGUGAUCAGCAGUCUGGACAAAGUCUGCUAUAAAGAUCAUGAAAACGCCUCUGGGACUAACAUUCUCAAGGCUCUGAACAGCGUCUACCUCAUGAUGAAUAACAUGAUCGCCCGCUUCAACCUGGCGACCUCUGCCUGGCAUGAGAUCCGCCACGCCAUUAUCCUGCUGACAGACGGAAAGUCCAACAUGGGUGGCUCUCCCAAGCCAGCAGUUGAUAACAUCAGAAGUAUCCUGGACAUCGGCCAGAACAGGAACGACUAUCUGGACAUCUAUGCUAUUGGGGUGGGCAACCUGGACGUGGACUGGAAAGAACUGAACGAGCUGGCGUCCAAGAAGGAUGGCGAGAGGCAUGCCUUCAUCCUGCAGGACGCAAAGGCCGUGCAGCAGGUCUUUGAGCACAUGCUGGAUGUCUCCAAGCUGACGGACACCAUCUGUGGGGUGGGGAACAUGUCUGUCAAUGCCUCUAACCAGGAGAGGACACCUUGGCAUGUCACCUUUAAGCCCAAGAGCAAGGAGACUUGCCGGGGGUCCCUCAUCUCUGACCAGUGGGUACUGACAGCAGCUCACUGCUUCCAUGGUACCCAGAUGGAGGACCGGCACCUGUGGAGGGUCACCGUGGGGGAUCCCACCUCUCCUUAUGGCAAAGAAUUCCUCGUGGAGAAGGCGCUGAUUGCCCCAGGGUUUGACGUCCAUGCAAAGCAGAGCCAGGGCAUCUCUGAGUUCUACGCUGAUGAUAUUGCCCUGCUGAAGCUGACCCAGAAAGUGAAAAUGUCCACCCAUGCCAGGCCGAUCUGCCUUCCUUGCACUGUGGAGGCCAACAUGGCUCUUCGGAGAUCCCAAGGGGGCACCUGCAGAGAGCAUGAGACUGAACUUCUGCAGCAGCAGAAGGUUCCUGCACAUUUUGUGGCUUUGAAUGGGAACAAACUGAACAUCAACCUCAGGACAGGACCAGAGCGGACAAACUGUAUCAAGGCCGUCUCCGAAAACAAAAACGCCUUCCCCAGCUUGACGGACGCCAGUGAGGUGGUGACAGACCAGUUCCUGUGCAGUGGGAUGGAGCAGGAUGACAGUCCCUGCAAAGGAGAAUCUGGGGGCGCGGUUUUCCUUGAGCGGAGAUACAGAUUUUUCCAGGUGGGCCUGGUGAGCUGGGGUCUUUACGACCCUUGUCAAGGUUCCUCCAACAAAAACUCGCGCAGGAAGCCCCCCCAGGGUGUGAAGCCCAGAGACUUCCACAUCAAUCUCUUCCGCCUGCAGCCCUGGCUGCGUCAGCACCUGGAUGGAGUCCUCAACUUUUUGCCCCUUUAACAUAGUCCCCAAGUCCUUUACUGUUCUGACCCCUCUGCCACAACCUCUGAGUGUCCUCACUCCUGGGUACAUAAACCCUGGGCCCCAGGAGCCCAGAGACAGUGGCAAAAGGUGGGGAAUCCCCAGGGUUGUACUGGGACCCCUGUCCAGCGGCCUUGCCCUGCCUGUGUGCAAACCUUCCUUAGAGUGCAUGGAUUGCGCUUCUCACUCUCACACGGAAUUUCCCAGUUAUGAAAUUAAUAAAAACAGUGAU